AACACGUUCUUCCGUUCAAAAAUUAUUUGAAAAAGUCGGUGUUUGUAUUUUUGUCAUAGUUUUUGAACGGAAGAACGUGUUGUCUGCUGGAACGUCUCAAAAUCAUUAACACACUUUUCUCUUUAAUCUGAGAUGUUUCAACUAUCUGGACUUCUUGCUCUUCGAAAAUUAUUAGAGAACACAAAAUGUCAAAAAAUUGUCACGGAAUUUCACACCGAUAGUAGAGUUAGGUGGUCAUGCCGUGAAUUCAGAACUACUCCAUCACCUUAUCCAUAAAUUAAUUGAUUAUACAGUUAAAUGGUGCCGAGACGAGGAAUUAAUCCAAGCAAAGUACAGUAAGCGAGUAAAUCUACUUGCAACUAGAUUCAAACUAAAUAAAUUUGCUUUUAAUCUUGAUGCCAGUCCCUCGUGCUGCGUUUUUGCGCAUGAAUACAUACAAAUAAAACUGAGUUAGAAUCAAUUACGUGUUCGUACACAAGCUAAUAUUUUUUUAUUUCUUGUCGAGAAAACUAAAAAAUUACAAAUAAUUUGAAGGAGUAACAUAAAAAUAUCCACUAAUAAUCAGAAAGUUGCAAAUGUUAGAUUAAUGAGUGCAAAUUGAAGCAUGAAUUUACUCAUAUCGUCAUGUUGUACAAAUUGUUUCGUUUCAGAAGAAAAUUGAGCUGAAUGAUAGACAGUAGAUUCUGAUUACAUUAAAAACUUGAUGAGAAUUGAGUAGUAACACUCUUGAAUUUGAUCAAAUUUUUCAAAAAUUUAUUCUUGCUUAUAAGACACGCAAUAACAACCGCUUGGAUUAUUUUGAUUUCAGAUUAUGCCGUUGAAAAUGGGAAAUCAUUUUUCGAUGUUCUAUUUGAUAAAGAAGGUGAUUUGCAUGAAGCUCAGUCUUACCGAUAUCCACCACCACCUCCAUUUAACAGAGAUGAAUUUGCUGCAGCUGAUAAUAAUAAAGAUUCGAAAGCAUAUAGCAAAACUGUAGGAGAAACGCAAUUGACAUCAAAAGCAGAAAGACCAUCGACUGAGUAUGAUUUCAAGCCAACACCAGAAAGAUUAUCUAAAACACAUAAGCAAAAAGAUAUUACCACUCUCACUUCUCCGACUAAUACUAAUAACAAUUUAAAUAAAGAGAAAAUAGAUUCUUCAUCAAAUGCUUCAUUUGUGGAUAGAAUUAAAAAUAAAUUUCGAAGAACCAGUUCUGGUGAUGAUGAUAAUACUGGGGAUAAUCAUGAACGUCUAUCGCAACCAUCAGCAGUCAAUAAUCAGCAGAAUGUUACUUCCGAUCCACGUAUGUGCACAUUAAUAACUCGUCCAGGCACCGAUGGUCUCGGCAUCUAUUUACAACCAGAUAAAGAUUUUGGGCAUAUUGUUAUUGAAGUUGAACAAAAUUCGCCAGCUGACCUAGCUGGUAUAGAAAAGGAUGAUUGUAUUUUAUCCUUAAAUGAUACACCCGUAAUAAAACUACCGUAUGCUGAAGUAUUAGCACUACUAAAAAAGAAUAAAAAUGAACAUGAUUUAAAUUUUUUGGUGGCUAAAAAGAGUUAUUUAUUGAAAUCGGAUAUAAACAAUACAACGUUGCCGAAUACUCAACAUGAUCGUUCUCAUAAAUAUUCGGAGGAUCAAUUACAACAACAAUCGAGUGGUGAAGUUUUACCAUCAAGUAAUUUGCCAACAUCUUCAGCAGCAGAAGCACUUGAACAAUUAAUUCAAAAAUAUACAUCAACAACUGGCACCGCUUCACCUGAUUCAGCACUAUCAGCGGAUGAUGGUGGUAGAAGAGGAAAACGCGAAACGGUCCCAACGAACAAACCAUCAACAACAGGUCUUCAUGAGCAACAGCAACAACAGGGUGCCGGUGAUUUAGUUAAUCAAGGAUCGCGCGUAUCAACAAAACCAAAUACCUCUUCGAAUCAACAAAAACAUCCUGGGCAAAUUAUUCAAGGAGUUGGACCAGCCACUCAAGACGGUUCAUCAUGGAGUAAUCCAUCGUCAAUCGAUGAUAUAGGAAAAACAACCGGAACGGGUCGAGGAGGAGCUAUUACUAGUCUAGAUUCGUCUAUUCGUUCAACAUCACCAGAUCGAAAACGAGAGCAGAAACAAGAUACCGAAGACCACAUGAAAUACCGUCCAUUAGAAGAUGACCGAACUUUUAAACCACUUCAAGUUGGUAUAACAAACCCCGCAGAUGAACAAAAUCGAAUGUUAUCGUCGUUCGAUCAAUCACCUGUUGGAAAAACUGGUACACAAAGUAGUCAGUCGAGUACCGGUGCAUUACCUGGUACACAUCAAGACUCAGCACAACGUACUGCUCGAACAACAAUUUUACCUGAAACAGAUUAUAAUACCUCAAAAACAACAACGCGUGGUCAAAACGAUAAAAUGGCUCGAGAAGAUGAUUUAGAACAAUCAGAAAAACAAACAACACCGCCAUUACCCACAAAAAAAUACUCACCCACUGGUGAUAGUUUUAAUGAAGAAACCAACAAAUUGUUGUCACCUCAAAUAUCUUCUCUAAAACAAGCUACGAAAUUAAGUCCAGACACAAGUUUAGGUAAUAUUAAUACACCUGAAAAACAAGAAGAUAUAGCAGACUAUCUUCUGUCGAACACAAUUCAAGAUAAAAGCUCAUCAGUAGUACCACAACCCUCCUCUCAAACUUAUCAAGGAAAAACGUAUGCAAAUAUCUCGUCGGCAUUAUUGAUGGAUGAUACCGAUGAUGAUCUAAGCGAUAUAUCGGAAAGAUCUGAUGAAGAUGAAAUAUCUGAUACAACUAAGAUGGUAGUGCAUUCGGACGAGGACGCUUUUCUUACACCAGAUAAAAUGUCAGACUUUUUUUCCACCACUGAGGAUGAAAAUCAAUCGGAAAUAUCGACAAUAUCAGGCAGAAAAAAGAAACAACGCGAUGAUAAUAAUAAGUUAUUAACAAAUUCAAGCUUAGAAAAACCUGUGGCCACUUUGUCCAACGAUUCCAUGAUAAUGCAAAAGCCCAUUGAUAAUAAUUUAAAAUCGCAUGUUCAUUUCACAACCCAACUAGGCAGUGAUGAAAUCGAUUCGGAUGCCGAGACAGUUUCACCAUCACCAUCGUCUGUCGAGGAAAAGUUGCCUGCUGCUGAGUAUCUAUCAGCAAAUGAAGACGAAUCAGAAUAUGAUCAAGUGCAGCAGCAGACAACACACGAGAUCAAUAAAACCGUAUCCGAUUACGUUCCGGCAGAAAAGUCAACAUUUGUUUUUACCGAAAAUAGUGCAGCUCACAUUGUAAAUGAACAGGGCUCAACCACUAUGAAGAGGAGAGCACCAUCUCCACCAUCUUCUGUCACUGCGCAAGAUACAUCAUCCCAACAGAACAUAAAUGUUGCUCGUACCGAUGUUGCGAACAAUUUGGAUCAAUCCAUCUCUAACAAGGAUACUCUUAGCAGAUCAGCUGAACUUUCGAACGAUAAUGACACAUCUGAUGACUUAGUAGAAAGUGUCCAUGGCAUAUCAGAGAGAAAUCUAAUCUCUCCAGAAAUGAAAAAUAACGACGAACGUUUAAUCGAAAAUAGCGCAGAUCACGUUGUAAAUGAACAGGGCUCAACCACUAUGAAGAGGAGAGCACCAUCUCCACCACCGUCAACCACUGCGCAAGAUACAUCAUCCCAACAGAACAUAAAUGUUGCUCGUACCGAUGUUGCGAACAAUUUGGAUCAAUCCAUCUCUAAGAAGGAUACUCUUAGCAGAUCAGCUGAACUUUCGAACAAUAACGACGCAUCUGAGGAAUCAAUGGAAGGUGUCAAUGCUAUAUCCCAGAGAAAAUUAAUUUCGUCAGAAACGAAACAUAACGACGAACGUUUAACCGAAAAUAGUGCAGCUGGCGUUGUAAAUGAACAGGGCUCAACCACUAUGAAGAGGAGAGCACCAUCUCCACCACCGUCAACCACUGCGCAAGAUACAUCAUCCCAACAGAACAUAAAUGUUGUUCGUACCGAUGUUGCGAACAAUUUGGAUCAAUCCAUCUCUAACAAGGAUACUCUUAGCAGAUCAGCUGAACUUUCGAACAAUAAUGACACAUUUGAGGAAUCAGUAGAAAGUGUCCAUGGCAUAUCGGACAGAAAACAAAUUUCUCCAGAAAUGAAAAAUAGCGAGCAACGUACCGAUGUUGUGAACAUUUUGGAUUCACCCAUCUCUAGGAAGGAAACGUUGCCUGCUGAUGAUUAUCUAUCAGCAAAUGAAGACGGAUCAGAAUAUGACCAAGUGCAGCAGCAGACAACACACGAGAUCAAUAAAACCGUAUCCGAUUACGUUCCGGCAGAAAAGUCAGCAUUUGUUUUAACAGAAAAUAGCGCAGCUCACGUUGUAAAUGAACAGGGCUCAACCACUAUGAAGAAGGACGCACUAUCUCCAUCAUCUUCUGUCACUGCGCAAGAUACAUCAUCCCAACAGAACAUAAAUGUUGCUCGUACCGAUGUUGCGAACAAUUUGGAUCAAUCCAUCUCUAACAAGGAUACUCUUAGCAGAUCAGCUGAACUUUCGAACGAUAAUGACACAUCUGAUGACUUAGUAGAAAGUGUCCAUGGCAUAUCAGAGAGAAAUCUAAUCUCUCCAGAAAUGAAAAAUAACGACGAACGUUUAAUCGAAAAUAGCGCAGAUCACGUUGUAAAUGAACAGGGCUCAACCACUAUGAAGAGGAGAGCACCAUCUCCACCACCGUCAACCACUGCGCAAGAUACAUCAUCCCAACAGAACAUAAAUGUUGCUCGUACCGAUGUUGCGAACAUUUGGGAUUCACCCAUCUCGAGGAAGGAAACGUUGUCUGUUGCUGAGUAUCUAUCAGCAAAUGAAGACGAAUCAGAAUAUGAUCAAGUGCAGCAGCAGACAACACACGAGAUCAAUAAAACCAACAUAAAUGUUGCUCGUACCGAUGUUGCGAACAAUUUGGAUCAAUCCAUCUCUAACAAGGAUACUCUUAGCAGAUCAGCUGAACUUUCGAACGAUAAUGACACAUCUGAUGACUUAGUAGAAAGUGUCCAUGGCAUAUCAGAGAGAAAUCUAAUCUCUCCAGAAAUGAAAAAUAACGACGAACGUUUAACCGAAAAUAGUGCAGCUCACAUUGUAAAUGAACAGGGCUCAACUACUAUGAAGAGGAGAGCACCAUCUCCACCACCGUCAACCACUGCGCAAGAUACAUCAUCCCAACAGAACAUAAAUGUUGCUCGUACCGAUGUUGCGAACAUUUGGGAUUCACCCAUCUCUAGAAAGGAAACGUUGUCUGCUGAUGAUUAUCUAUCAGCAAAUGAAGACGGAUCAGAAUAUGACCAAGUGCAGCAGCAGACAACACACGAGAUUAAUAAAACCGUAUCCGAUUACGUUCCGGCAGAAAAGUCAGCAUUUGUUUUAACCGAAAAUAGCGCAGCUCACGUUGUAAAUGAACAGGGCUCAACCACUAUGAAGAAGGACGCACUAUCUCCAUCAUCUUCUGUCACUGCGCAAGAUACAUCAUCCCAACAGAACAUAAAUGUUGCUCGUACCGAUGUUGCGAACAAUUUGGAUCCAUCCAUCUCUGAGAAGAUUAGUGUUAGCCGAUCAGCUGAACUUUCGAACGAUAGCGACACAUCUGAUGACUUAGUAGAAAGUGUCCAUGGCAUAUCAGAGAGAAAUCUAAUCUCUCCUGAAAUGAAAAAUAACGAGGAACGUUUCGAUAUUCCGAACAACUUGAAUUCAUCCGUCCCUCAGAAGAUUACUGUUAGCCGAUCUGCUAAACUUUCGAACGGUAGCGACAUAUCUGAGGAAUCAGGAGAAAAUGUCCAAGGCAUUUCAGGGAGAAAACUAAUUUCUCCAGAAAUGAAAAAUAACGAGGAACAUACCGAUGUUCCGAACAACUUGGAUCCAUCCGUCUCUCAGAAGAUUACUGUUAGCCGAUCAGCUAAACUUUCGAACGGUAGUGACAUAUCUGAGGAAUCAGGAGAAAAUGUCCAAGGCAUUUCAGGGAGAAAACUAAUUUGUCCAGAAAUGAAAAAUAACGAGGAACGUACCGAUGUUCCGAACAACUUGGAUCCAUCGGUCUCUCAGAAGGUUACUGUUAGCAGACCUGCUGAACUUUCGCACGAUAGUGACACAUCUGAGGAAUCAGUAGAAAGUGUCCAUGGUAUAUCAGAGAGAAAACUAAUUUCUCCAGAAACGAAAAGUAACGAGGAAGUCCCUACCAAUGACACAUUACCUCUAGCAUCUGAGCAUGCAUCCGUUCAUCAAACAUUAGUGAUAUCUUCGAAUGAGAAGGAGGAUAAUAAGAGUAAUUUUGAAUCGGGUAAAGAAACUGAUUUAUCCAAACAAAAGAUUCCAAAUGCCACCAGCAGUUCAGCUAAAGAAAAUGAGAGUGAUUCCGACAAUACAAUGCAUUCAGAACGUCUAAUCGAGAAUCAGCAGCCAAUUAUAUAUAAGAAAAUGGAGUUGGCUAAGAUGCCGUUAUCCGAGUUACAACAACGUUUCGAAUUGCAUAAUAUUCAAUUAAUGCAACCUACAGAAACAUCACCGGUUGGUCUCAAGUUAAGUAAACAAGCUGAUCCGUUACAAUUUAUCAUCACGGCUGUUGCAAAAGAUACAAAAGCUGAUUUAGCUGGACUUCAAGUAAACGAUUGGUUAAUUAAAAUAGGAGAUCGUGAUAUUAGAGAAAAAGAUUUUGGAGACGUAUCACAAGAAAUUAGACGAUUAUUAACAGACGAAGGUACGAUUCUUAUGGUGGUAGCACGCGAAAAACAACAAAAACCAAUAACACAAACAUCGUCAGGUACAAUACCACGUUCAACAGAUAGAACAGCAGCUAGGCAACAACAAUCCACAUCAAAACAGACCAAUGUACCACCAAUUCAACCUUCAAAUUCAUUAUUAACAACUGAUAUUACUCGUGAUACGCCAGAUAAUACUCAAGUGAGAUUUCGUCAAGAUAUAUCACUUAGUCCACCGUCACAACGACGUACACAGUCUCCGGAUGGUACAUUUCACGUUGGUUUAACAAAUCCACUAACAGAUGAAACAAGUCCAACAACAAAAUCACCAAGAUCCUUAUCAAAUGAUGGAGGAUCUCGUUCACAUAGUCAAUCGCCGCCAAAUUAUUCAACUGAAAGACAAGCAAGGUCAACAACAAAACCUGCAGUUGACAUUUCUCGUCGUCCAGAUGAUCAAUCAUCACAAGUUAGUGAGGAUCCUGCUGAUGUACGUGUAAUUCAGUUGAAAGAAGCGUCUGGGCUCGAUUUUAAUUCAUUCAUUCCCGACGGGGAUAGUGCAGCUCAAACACAUUUCAUUAGCAAUGUUCAAUCAAUGGCAGAAAAUGCAGGUCUACGAGAUGGUGAUAGAAUUAUUGAAGUAAAUGGUGUCGAUGUUACAGAUCUCGUUCAUGAAGAUGUAAGAAAAUUAAUGCAACAUAAAAAACCAUUGAUACUCAAAGUUGUCUAUACACCAAAAUAUUUGGAAUUUAUUCAAAGUGUUGAACUUGAACAAAGUAGAAAAGGUUCUGGUGGUAGUAUUAGUCCACCAGUGCCAACCUAUGAACAAUUGUCCGAACAACGAACAGGCUCACGACCAUUAGAUUCUCAGUCUGGAAAUGAACGAACAAGAUCGCCAAGUCAUCAAAAAUCAUCUAAAAAUGAUUAUGAAAGUGAAAAGAAGAACGAUGUACAAGAUGAAAUUGAUGAUGAUGAACAACAAUAUGAAACCAUUGUUGUUUUGCAUGAUGAUAAUGGUGAAUUAGUUGUCAAGCAUUGUCAUUUAAGAAAAAGUCCCACUUAUAAUGGUUAUGGUCUACUCUUAAGAUAUCAGCAUAGUUUACAUUUAAUUGAUCAAGUUGAACCUAAUUCACCAGCUUAUUUUGCUGGCCUAAGAGAAAAUGAUAUUAUUCUAUUUGUUAAUGGAAAAAAUGUUGAAAAAUUAACACACGAUGAUGUGAAAAUUUUAAUUCGUUCUCUAUCAUUAUCAAAUACUGAUAUUAAUUUAAUAUUAAUGAAUAAAAAUGAUAUACCACGAUAUAAACAAUAUCAAGAACAAAAUACGAUUGAUUGGCCAACAUUAUUAAAUAAUUCAACAAAAACUUCCAAUAUUAAUGAAUCUGAGUUCAAAGAAACAGUUCCUAAUUCCUCUCCACCAUCGUCACCGUCUCAUAUGACAUCAAAUAUCCCGCUGCCAACUGGUGCAAGAUUAUGCAAAAUUUAUCCAACAAGUGACCAUACAGCCGGUUUUGCUCUAAGUGGUGUUACUGGACCACCGUUUCUAAUAUAUCAGAUAGAACCAAAUUCACCUGCUAGUAUGAGUGGCCUCCUUCUCAAUGAUGCACUGUUGUAUGUUAAUCAAAAACCGGUUGCUGAUACAGCAUAUCCUGACGUAGUAAAAACGAUCAAAGAAGCAUUAAAAAAUGAAGUUGUAGAACUAAUUGUUAAAGCUACAGCAGAUGACACAGAAUCGAUCAACGAGGAUGAUAGAGAAGGAAAAUAUUCAGAAAAUGGUGAUGAUGAUUCAAUUCAAAAUUUACGUUUAUGUCAUUUACAUACAAAUGGUGAUACAUCGGCAACAUUUGGUUUUGGAUUAAGUGAAAUAAAUGGUGUUGCCUAUCCAAUAAUACAAAAAGUUGAACCUAAUUCACCAGCUGAAUAUGCCGGUUUAUUAUCAAAUGAUAUUCUAUUAGAAGUAAAUGAACGAAAAACAAAAAAUUUAGGCUACGAUAAAGUUAAAAAAUUGAUUGAUAAAGCAAAACGUGAUGGUCGAUUAGAUCUAUUAGUAUCCGAUCAACAAACAUAUGAUUAUUGUAAAACAACAAAAAAAAAACUAUCUCCACCCGAUAUAAUAAUUCGUCAUGUUUUUCCAAAAAUAGCAGCGUCACAUUCCUCAUCAUUAGAAACAAUGAGUAUGGUGGCUUAUGAAAACAAAGGAUAUAAAUCAAUUAAGUAA